AUGCCUCGCAAUGCGUCCGACAGCAUGGACCUGGACAAUUUCAAGCACGCGCCGAAGAUCAAGAAGAAGCGGUGGAAGGGCGCGCCGCCGAAGCUGCGGUCGAUCCGCAGCCACGACCCCUACCAGCCCUACCUGCCCGAGGUGCCGGCGCUCGGCGGCAUGACGUCGCCGGCCACGGUGUUGUCCCGCGGCAAGACGCCGGACCUGCGGUCCGUGACCUUCGACGGCGCGACGGCGGGCCUGCGCGGCGGCGGGGCGCCCGCGGCGGCGCUCGAGCUGUUGAGCCGGUCCGAGCUCACGGCGUGGCACCUGAGCCUGCAGAACGAGACCCAGUCCUUCAACUCCCUGGCGAUCUACGGCGAGCUGCGGCUCCGCGAGGCGCUGCUCCUCGAGACGGACCCCGACGAGUUCUACAGCAACGCGCCGCACACCGUCGUCGCCGCGCUCGCGGGCGACCUCCUGCUGAAGCUGACGACCCUCUACCGGCGCUUCUCGUCCUUCACGCAGCUCCUGUCGGCGACGACGCUCCGCUGCGUCUUCAGCGACUACGAGCGCACGAUCCUGCCGGACAUGGAGGCGAACGGCGGGCGGACGACGGCCGCGGCGCUCAACGCCGCGACGCCGUGGUUCGAGGUCUGCGCGCAGCUCCGGAGCCGCCUCGAGUCCUACGCCGCCGCCUGCCGGCGGAACCAGAAGGUCGCCGCGCGCCUCUACGGCCGCUGGAACGACGCGACCCUCAAGCCCAUCGUCCACGCGUGGGCCGCGCACGUGCGCCACGAGCGCCGCGUCGCGCGCCUCAAGAUGAAGCUCUACUGCUGGGCCUGGCACUGCAUCGCCAUGAAGUCCGUGCGCUACAAGAAGGAGCAGGACGACAACUUUGCGCGCGCGCUGGGCGGGCCCGCGGGCGGCGCGGCCGCGCGGCACCCGGGCAUCCCCGAGGGCGACAAGGAGAAAGCGCUCCGGGAGCGGGGCGAGCGCGACGCCAAGGACCACGCGCUCGAGAACGUGCUCGACGACUUCGCCGUCGCCGAAUCGCUGCCCGAGGACCCCGCGGAGGCGCGCGAGGCGCUCGAGCUCCGCAUCCGGCUCGCGUUCGAGGCCGGCUACAAGCUCGGCAAGGACCAGGGCGGGCCGCGCUUCGUCACGGGCAAGGCGCCGCCGCCCAAGAAGGCGCCGCCGCCGCCGCCGCCGCCCGCCGCCGCGCCGCCCGCGGGCGGCGACGCGUCGAGCCUCCUCGCGGGCGCGCUCGUCGCGUCGUCGAAGACGCUCGACGCGUCGCCGCCGGGCAAGCGGCCGGACCUCGGCGACAGCGACCGCAGCGACUACGGCAGCGACGAGUACGACGACGACGCCACGGAGGACGACGCGAACCUCGCCUUCGCGGCCGCGCGGCCCGGGGCGGGACGCGCGCGCGACGCGCCCGACUUCAAAGGCUCGUCUCUCGGCCGUGCGCGGUCGGGCGGCGUCCGCGCGACGCUCGCGGAGAAGUUCGGCGGCGGCCGCGAGGGCCGGAGGCGCCACGGCAAGCAGCGGGCGGCGAUCCGCGCGGGGGACGGCGACGCGCUGGCGUCGAGCUCCGGGGACGACGACGACGAGGCCGACGGCGACGGCGACGACGGCGCCGACGGCGCCGACGGCGACGGCGCCGCGGGCGCGGACGGCGCCGCGGGCGCGGACGGCGACGCGGGCGCGGGCGGCGCCGCGAGGAGGAAGAAGGGGAAGAAGCGCAGGGAGAAGAAGCCGCGGGAGCGCGCGCGGCAGUACGCGACGCACGAGACGCAGACGGAUCUGACGCUCGACGCGCUCGCGAAGGCGCUCGACGCGCUGGCGUCGGGCGCGGCGCCGGCCGGCGCGGGCGCCGCCGGGGGCGCCGCGGGCGCGGUCGUCCCCGGCGCGCUCGGGGCGGGCGGCGGCGCGGGCGGCGGCGCGGACGCCGCGCCGCCGGGCUCCGCGUCGCCGACGUCGCGCGGCAAGCUCGGCGGCGCCGCGCGGCGGUCCCUCGCCAAGGCCAAGGUCCAGAAGGGCGCGGUCGGCGCCCUCGCGCGGCUCCGGGGCGGCAAGCCCGGCAACACGGCGCGCGUGGCCAUGAUGGGCUUCACGCAGCGGCAGCGGGAGCUCAUGGAGCUCGGCAUCAUCGGCGGCAAGAAGUGCGAGAAGGGCAUGCCUAUCCAGGGCGCCGUCGCCCUCAUCCCCCAGCUCCUCGAGGAGGCGCUGCGCGCCGACGUCACGGCGGCGAACGCCGAGGCCCAGGCCCUCGGGAAGAAGAACCUCGUCGCGAUGAUCAUCGCGGCGAUGGCCGUGACGCAGCUGCCGCUGCGGACGAUCGCGAUGAACUGCCUCAUCCGCCGCUUCGGCAUGCGGACGCUGGCCGUCAAGAAGCUGCGCGCCGUCGUCGCGACGUGCCACGAGGCGAAGACGCGGAGCCGCCACAAGCGGCUCGAGGUCUUCGCGGUCUUCCUCGGCAUCGUCGACGGCGCCGCGCGGGCGCGCGCGCCCGAGGCCGAGGACGCGCUCGAGGCCGCGGACCUGCGGAGCCUGGGCAUGCUCGUGCGGCGCUACUUCAAGCUGCUCUACCACGGCGUCAAGGGAUACGUCGUCGCGCCGGCGACGGCGCUCGCGCGGCUCCUCGUCGGCGCGAACCGCUUCGACGCGCGGCUCUUCGCCAAGGCCGCGGACGAGGUCAUCUUCCACUGGACCAAGGAGUGCGACCCCCGCGCCUACGACGAGCGGCGGCGCCAGCUCGAGGAGCUCGCCCGGGCCGACGACGCCGACGCGACGAAGCCGCCCUGGAUGGACUGCGACGAGGCCAUCCUCCUCUGCUCGGGCUUCGCGCGGCACGAGCGCGCGUUCGAGGACGCCUACGUGCGGGAGAAGAAGGCCGCGCGCGCGCUCCAGCGCGCCUGCCGCGCCCACGCGACGCGGCGGCGCCACCGCCAGGAGCAGACGGCCAAGUGGACCGCGCUCUGGAACGGCCGCGCGCGCGCGGCCGAGGGCGGCGCGGCCGCGCGCGCGGCCGUGGACCUCGACUGCUUCAAGGCCAUCAUCGCCGCCGCCGACGUCGGGCUGGAGCCCUUCGAGGUCGUCGAGUGCUUCAAGGACUACGGCGAGACCGCGGAGCACAUCGCGCGCGACACGGAGCAGGCGCGCGUCGACAAGAGCCUCCGGACGCAGAAGGCGCUCCUCAUCCAGUCCGUCAUCUUCCGCCACCGCGCGACCAAGGAGACCAAAGCGGGCAUGCGGUCGCCGGCGGAGCUCGUCGAGCUCGCCCACCGCGCGCAGAUCGCGAUGGCGCUCCACGCGUGGCAGGGCAUCUUCCAGGGCGGGACAAGAGAGCGAAAUUCCCGACUUCAAAGGCUCCUCUCUCGGCCGUGUUCCACUCGUUUCGGCUGA